CCCGGAGUAAAGGGGGAGAUGGUGCUCUCUUCAUGAUGCAGCCUGCUUGCGCACAGCAGCCCCGUGCUUGCAGUUGUGAGCAAAGAGCCAAGUGUGGGAGCUCACCAUGAUGGUAACCACCUCCCCACAAGGCAGGCAGCCUUUCACCAGAGGGAAGUAUCAGGUUGCUGUACUUCGGCUGUGGGUUGUCACUGUCUAAUAAUAUGACCGUUUUGCCAUCUCUCUGCAAAUAAGGCAGGAGCUGCUACCUGAUUGGUAUAACAUCUCACUUUCCCUCCUCAUUGAUUUUCUUGUUCUCCUCCUUUGCUUCAUAAAAAGAGGGACAAGUGGCUGGUGCUGUGGACAGAGAAGCUUUAUUUUUAGUAUGAGACAACCUCUAUUUUCUUUCAGGAGAGGGAAGUUGGAUUAUCAAUUCUUUUGUAAAUGUGUAUGGUGAUAUUUGCUCCGCUUUUUGCAAUCUUUGCAUUUGCAACAUGCGGUGGCUAUUCUGGAGGCCUGCGGCUGAGUGUGGACUGUGUCAACAAGACGGAAAGUAACCUCAGCAUUGACAUAGCAUUUGCCUACCCAUUCAGGUUGCAGCAGGUGACCUUUGAGGUGCCCACGUGCGAGGGGAAGGAGCGGCAGAAGCUGGCACUGACUGGUGACUCCUCAUCUUCUGCUGAGUUCUUCGUCACGGUCGCUGUCUUCGCCUUCCUCUACUCCCUGGCCGCCACCGUCGUUUACAUUUUCUUCCAGAACAAGUAUCGGGAAAACAACCGGGGCCCACUCAUUGACUUCAUCGUCACCGUAGUCUUUUCGUUCUUGUGGUUGGUGGGUUCAUCAGCUUGGGCGAAAGGACUGUCUGAUGUCAAGGUCGCGACGGAUCCCAAGGAAGUCUUGUUACUGAUGUCAGCUUGCAAACAGCCGUCCAACAAAUGCAUGGCUGUCCACAGCCCUGUAAUGUCCAGCUUAAACACUUCCGUGGUCUUUGGGUUCUUGAACUUUAUCCUCUGGGCUGGAAACAUCUGGUUUGUUUUCAAGGAGACUGGCUGGCAUUCCUCGGGACAGAGAUAUCUUUCAGACCCAAUGGAAAAGCACUCGAGCAGCUAUAACCAAGGCGGGUACAACCAAGACAGCUAUGGGUCAAGCAGUGGGUAUAGCCAGCAGGCGAGCUUGGGGCCGUCCUCAGAUGAGUUUGGUCAACAGUCCAGUGGCCCCGCCUCUUUUACCAAUCAGAUUUAACAGGUAGUAUUUGCAGUCUUCUGGAGAUAGCCUCACCACUUUCCAUUCUAGUAGCAGAAGAGUUUUAUAAGAGUUUCAAUCAAUUAUUAAUGCAGAGGGUGUUGAAUGUAAAUCAGAUAUCUGUAGUCCUCAUUAAGGCAGAAAGGCCUGGGUUAUGAUAAAUGGUACUUAGAGAGGAGACGACAUGAAGAGAUACAUUAUUCAUCAUAGAAGCCUAAUUGGAGAGUACCCUGUUAUAUACACAGAUACUUUUAUGGUCGUUUUGUAGGUGUGUUGAGAUAGUAAAAGCAUUUUGUAGCUUAAAGUCUCUAGUAUGUAUUAUGCAUAAAGUAAAUUAUAUAGCACUGAGUUUCCCUAAGCGUUUUGAUGCGAAAGAUGUUUUAACGAUUUCUAUAAGACUAUUUGGUGUAUCACAUGUGCAUGUGUCAUUGUGUUUGGUUUCAGACCCUGUAGGAAUGUGAGUCUCCAGGUAUUUGUUUCAGACAGUUACUCUGUAUUUUUUUUUUUACUUGAUGAAUCAAUCAGUGCUCAUAUGAUUUAGUGCAUGAAUAAGCAUUUUCUCUCAAAACGAACAAUUGAACUGUAUUUAUGAAAAUUUUCCAGUUUGCACCAUGAAUUUGUUAAAUGGACGUUUAAAGAAAAAUAUAUUCAUUUCUUUGUAUACUUGCAGAUUUGUCUCUUUGGCUUUACCCAAUUCUGAAUGCAUUGUAACUAAGGUUUGGGAUUUUUUUCCCUGUUAGUCGAUAUUCAGUGUUAUAUAUGGCAACUGCCCAAUAUUUAUUCUACUUACUUAGCUAAAUAUUUACAUUCUUGUAACUUUCUAAGGUGUUUUGUGGCUCUUAUCCAAUGGACCAUGAACAAUAAGCCCAAUAAGUGUUUGUGUUUAUGGAAUGUUGUUUUCUUAGAAUCAUAGAGAUGCAGAUAUCAGACACCACAGCCGAGAAGCUAUUGUGCCAACAUAUUAAUUUAUAAAAGAUGUUCUGUAGAAACUACACUACCAGCUAAAAAUUUUAAAUCCUAUUUAUUUGUAAAGUUAAUAUGUUCCUUGAUCCAAUUCUUAAAAAUUCUCAAGUCAUGGCUUAACUUACUAAUUACUGAUUCUGAUUUGAGUGUUAUCCAUAAAUUAGAAAUGACUUCCGUGAGCGACUCUGAUCCCAAAGAGGGUUCUCAUGAAAUAUUCCUCAGAAUGUAUUCAUUAUCAAGAAAAUGCCAAUCUUCGCUUCUUUGUUUUAACUUGAUUGAAACAUCAAGGCCCAGCAGUGAGGGCAAACCGUGCAUCUGUAUUUCCAGAUAAAAGUUGUUAUCGAUGUAUAAACUCUGUGUGAUGUGAUGUUGGAAGCAUUUUAACACAAAACAGCCGUGUUUCUUAGAUGAUAUCUGUAACCAGUUUCUGGAUCCUGUUGGAUAAAUCUGUAUUGUGAUAUCUAUUUGACCUUAAUAAAGUUAUUGCUUACA